UUCAACUUCCAACACGUUGCAAGCUGCUGUUUUCGAUAUGAAAGUUCCAGUUCUUACUUGGAUCGCGCUGGCUCUGCUAAUGAGCAUUGCUGCAGCUCAAGGGCCUGCCGAGGCGGCUCAGGCGGGCAUGGCCAUGGCCGUUGGAGCUGGCGGACAAGUCGCAGCCCAAGGCGCUGGAGCGGCAGACGCAGGCGUGGGCAUGGAUGCGGGUGUAGGAGCUGGAGCGGGUGCCGGAGCUGGAGCUGGUGCCAAGGGAGGAGCUGGAGGUGGUGGUGCCAAGGGCCGACGCUAGAGGCGGCGGCACUUCCGUUUGAAAUACUAUUUGGCUUUUGCUGUUUGUUUAGGGCACGCACUUGUACGUCGCACUUGCCCCAAACACACUUGACUCCCUGCGGCACUCAUAAUCUGUGGCACUCGUACUUACACUCACAUUCAAAGGCACUCGUUCUCCUAUUCACAUUUAGCGGCACUCAUAGCCCCUUUUCACACUCACACACAAUCGGAGUGGCGCCAGUUUUUUUUUACGAAGGAAAGAGAAAGAUUGGAGGCUCAGUGUCAUAAUUGAUUUGGAAUUGCGUGGAGUCGUCGCGUCGUACCACUGCUGCCCCACUGAUGGAACGUACAGCUCACGAUUCCCCGAAUCGGCGCACUUCAAAUGCCGCACUUUUGGCAGCUUAAAUUCCAUUUAAUGCCAUUUUUAUGAAAUACUGGAAUACACCUUCAAAAUGUAUCUAUCGAUUGUAUCUACAGACAGUCGCUACGGCAGCGGUUUCAAGGCAGCAACAUAAAUAGAAAACUCAUCAGCAAAUGUUAAAAAUAUCAACAGAAUUUCCACAUAAAUCAAGUGAUCAAUAAAUAAAUAAAAAUAUGGCAAACACCGGUCUCCCCCCUCCACCCCACAGUUCACCGACGCACCAGCAGUACUAGAACCCGCAAUAUUGUGAAAUAUAGCAAAUAAUAAAUAAAAAAAUGAACAACAACAAAAAAAAAAAGUA